UCGUAAUCACCAGGGGCAGGUACAAUAGACCAAUCAGUGGCCGCCGUGCCGAGUGAACCCUGCUGGACUCCACCCUUCACUAUGUCUUCGGGGGUUAUAACCCCGUGUAGUCCGUUAAAAGUCAAAGCCGUUCGGGAGGAACAUAGGGCCUCCAUCUUCAGGGUCAGUGAAUAAGCUGAGGGUAAAGUCACUGGUGAAGAGUUUCACCCUUUUCAUUUUAGGAGUACGUAUUGCCAGAGAGUGCAUUGGGAUGGAUGUAAUGCCUCCAGUCCCACAAUAAGAUUGCAGGAAACUAACAUCAGUGAUGGAGAAUUUGUUCUUAGUACCAUUCUUGGCUCUAAUGGCAACAGGGACAAUAUCUGGAUCUUGCAGUCAAACCAACAUUGUUCUCAUUAUAACUGAUGACCAGGACCUUACAUUGGGUGGACUCACACCUUUGGUGAAGACACAGAACAUCAUUGCAAAUAUGGGAGUGAUUUACACCAAUGCUUUUGUCACUACUCCAAUUUGUUGCCCCAGUCGGGCAUCAAUACUUAGUGGGCAAUACCAGCACAAUCAUCGCACACUGAACAACUCAGUCAGUGGUGGUUGCAGUGGUCUUCACUGGCAGCAACAUGUCGAACCGCAGACUUGGCCUGCACUACUCCACCAAGCAGGCUACACCACGUUCUAUGCUGGGAAGUACCUUAACCAAUAUGGAUAUAAAAAAACUGGAGGUGCAGCUCAUAUACCCGCUGGCUGGGACUGGUGGAUAGGCCUUGUUGGAAACUCCCGUUACUACAACUAUAGUCUCUCGGUGAAUGGAACAGCAGUAUUACACAGCGAUGACUACCUCACUGAUGUGAUUAAAGCAUAUGGCCUGGAAUUUCUUCGUCAACGACAUGUGGCUGAGAAGAAUUUCUUAAUGGUACUGGCUCCACCAGCACCACAUGCACCAUUUACUCCAGCACCUGAAUAUAAUGACCACUAUAAGAAUGUGAAAGCCAUGAGAACACCAAAUUUUAAUAUCCCUGUUUUCCAAGAUAAGCACUGGUUACUUCAGAUGCCGCCAUCACCACUUCCUGAUUCCAUGCUGCCUGAAUUAGACAGAGUUUACAGAAAAAGAUGGGAAACUCUGUUGUCUGUAGAUGACCUGGUGGAGUCUAUUGUUACCAGACUUGACUCGUUGGGACUGCUUGACAGUACCCAUAUCAUUCUGACUUCUGAUCAUGGAUACCAUGUUGGUCAGUUUGGACUCCCAUGGGAUAAGCGGCAGCCAUAUGAAAUGGAUAUUCGCAUCCCAUUGAUGAUACGAGGCCCAGGUUUCCCACACAAACAGAUGGACAUUCGUCCAGUACUCAACAUUGACUUUGCACCAACAUUUUUAGCAAUGGCAGGUUUAGAAGCACCAGCAUGGAUGGAUGGAGUUUCUUUCUUCCCAUUUCCACAGACAAUUGUAAAUAAUGGGACAGGAAUGGAUAGAAAAUUUUUGAUAGAAUAUCAUGGUGAAGGCAGUAGGAAGACAGUUUCACCUGAUUGCCCAUAUGAUCAAAGUGAUACCUUAUCGAACUGUAUUCCAGAGCAAAAGUGUAAAUGUCAAGAUUCUAAAAACAACACCUACAUGUGUGUGCGUCAUCUUGAACCUCACAUCACAGCUGAUGUAACACCUUCCCAUGACUUUGUGUUUUGCAAAUUUAGGGAUUCAGAGAACUUCACAGAAGCUUAUGACCUGAAUGUUGACCCUUAUCAACUGAACAACUUGGCACCUUCCUUGAGCCCAGCUAUAGGAAACAAGUAUAUCUCAUGGAUGGAUCACCUUAAGUUUUGCAGUGGACUCUUGUGUCAUUUGCAUUGAUACAGAUGCCAGAAAUUCACCUUAGCGACUGUGAAAUUCUUUGCAUCACUUUAGUGUGCAAAAUUAUUUUACAAUCAUUAUGCAGCUGUAAUUAUAGCCUGUAAUAUUAAUAUUUCACCCUGAAGCUAUCAUAUUGAUUGCUGUAUCCAGUCUUUAAUACUUAUCUUGACUGUUAAGAGCCAUUUUUAUAAAUUGUCACAAAUUUUUAACAUGUGAUAGAAGGAAAAUUAUAUAAUGUUUCAAUCUUUUAAAAUUAGGCUCCUCUUUAUAUGUCUAUCAUUUGUUUAAUUCAUUUUGGUUCAUUAGUCAGUCAAGUGGCCAUGACUUGAUAUUCCAUCUUACCACACCUGUCUCCGUAGUUAUGACUUAUGACAUUAUUUUCAAGUGUAACCAGCAGCUACUAUUGUGAACUCCAGUGUGCUAAAUUUUUUUCUAUUUACAUAAUAUUAGCAAUCAGAAUUAUGUUUGUAAGAUUUGAGGCUUAUGUUUGAUUCUCUACGCUAAUUUGUUGUAGUCUUCAUGAUGUGGAGAGUGCUUAACCAGAGAUAAGUCCUCGUUAACCCUCUUAUCAGGUCAGCUGGCCAAUUCCUUUUUAGUCUUUGUCCAUUGUGUGGUUCCAUGUGUACUAAAUGAAGACAUCUCAUGGUCUAUCCUGUUCACAUGAGUCACCUCUAUAUAUGUUAUUUACUUUUCUGGCCCCUUGAAAUGUAUCAAACUUAAUGUAAUUCCGAAGUAACAGCACCUAUGAGAUAGGUUCUGUUUUCAACAGUUUCAAUGAGCAGAGAAGUCUUAAAAGCAUGGACUCAAAAUCAUGAUUGAGCAUGAUAUUAUCCAUACUCUUAGUGUCAGAGCUUUUCAGAGGUGAGGCUGUAUCCAGUAUUAUGGCCAACAGUUAUCAACCAGAGCAUAUAAACAAUAGCUACAUCCUGUCAGAUAUUAUGUAGUUGGGUAAACUUCUUGGAGCUGUCAAAAUGAAGACUAUUUUACUGGAUCAGGUUACAUGAUUUUACCGACAGGGUACGUUUGAAAUUGUAGGAAGGAAACGAUCACGAUAUGUAAGGGAACAGUCCCAAUAGUUGAGAGAACUUACGAAACUUGUUUGAGUAGUUUAUUUUUCGAAACAAGUCAGGGCUACUUGUCUUGCAAGCGGGAGAUUUUGUCAGAAAAUUUCAGACCAGUGUUUAGGAAACACCCUUUUGAAAAUUCAUGGCUAUAUGUAGUAGCGAAGCUUACAAGGGUGGAGUGCAGGUGCAUAAGCACUCAAGGAUGCCCCAUGGACAUAAAGAACAUAGAAGGCACGGGCAUCAUCACGCAGCCAGACGGCUGUGACCUGAUUAUGGGACAGCUGACGCUGCCAGCGAAUCGUCAGUUCGAGUCCAAGGCCGAUUGGGAGAGCCCCGGGAUAAUGGCGCCGCAGGCACCAGCUCUUUUGCUCCCAGCAGAAGUCUCGUACGUGAAGCAGCACCAGGAGUUACUGGAGGUGUGGGACGCAUGGGAAGACUCGAGGGACGGACCCACCACCCCCAUGACGAUCCUCCAGUUGCAGCAGCAGGUGGAGGCCAGGCUCCGGAAGCAGAAAUGGAUAUGCAGCGGAAUCGUGGCCGGCUCGACAUCAGCGGCCACAGUACUCGGUCUGUGUCUAUGGAGACGCCGACGGGCGUUACUCAUCUUCCAAGAUGCGCGACGCUAGGGGGAGGACCAUAGCAGACAACACCAAGGACGACAGCCUGGACACCAGAAGGAUGAGUCCGCAGGAGGGACCGACAGAAAGAUGGGAACUGAAGGAGAUUGUCAAUAGAGGCAGCCUAAAGCUAUCGCCGAACAGCAGAGAGAGAUGGCGCUGAGUAGAUGUUGGUUGGUGGUGUGUGCCUGCUUCAUCAGUACAAUCAUGUUAAGAGGUUGGCUGCCCUGUUACUGUGACCUAAAUAUCUGGUGUACAAAAUCCAGUAUUCUGAGCCUACCAAGUCAUAUGCAACGGGUGUAAUCCUAAAUGAGGAUGGUGUUCUUCCUGACGUAAGUUUUAUAAGUACACUUGCAGAUUUUGGAUACAGCGUGGCUACAUUCCCAAAGAUAACACAUGCACUUGUUGUCACAUUACCCUACAGUAAUCACCUGUCUCUACAAUUCAGUCUGACACGAGUGUACCGAAAACUGAUACAUUAUAUUGAGCAUCGGAAAUUGUGUGCAUAUCCGGCCAUCGAGAUAUAUGAUAAAAAACUGAAGAUCAUAACUUCCAUGAUUCCACUUGCCCGGCAAGAUGAUUUUUACGUUCCUGAAGCAGUACCAGAGUCAAAAAUGGAUACCAGCAUUCGUACAACUGGCUCAGUGGAUGACUACUGAAGAUAUGAAGACUGUUUAUUGCAUUUGAUAACCUGGGUGGCAGAACGAAUCUCUUUUUUUCUCACCCUGUCUCAGGUCUUUGUGAUUACAAAUCAUUGGGUAUAUUAUGGUGCUGAUAUUAAUACUAUGUUUAGCCAUUCAUGACAGGUCUAAAUAGUAUUCCGCACAGGUACAUUUUGCACUCAGCUUCUAAUAGUAAUUAACUCCACUGUGUUUCCAUAAUCCAGGAACCAGCAGCGUAUGGUCCAUAAAGGGUCAAGCAGUCUGCAGUAAGAAUUAACAACUUUCCCAUCAAGCUGUAAUUUGAAUGUCAUAGAAUAUUUACUGACUAUAUUAACUUUAUUCACUUUGUGGUCUUAUAACAUUUAGAAGAAUGUUAAACCUCUGCUUGCUUUGUGACAUUAUGACUGAGUUCAGUGUAUGAAAUUCAUUUCUUUUUUUGACAGGGUUCUAAAAUUGAAACAGGUUUUAAAUAAUGAGAAAAUUUGUGUAUAAUUUUCUACAUGUAGGCAUAAUUAAUAUGUAACACAAUUA